AUGAGAAGACCAAAUGAAGUAGAGUAUAACAAAACAGCUUUAAUGGGUAUUUUAUAUUAUUAAUUUUAGCUAAUUGGUACGAAGAUAGAUUGGCUCCUUAAUAGUUAUAGAGAGAUCCAAAUGCUUAAAAAUCUGUAUUUGAUAAGAAUAUAACUAGUUAAGAACUGUUGAAGAGGGAAUAUCCAUACCUGGUGAUAAUGGAUGCUUACUUCCAUUGCCUAGAGUGAAUCGCAAUCCUCCUUACAUUACAAAAGAAAUAAUAGUUCCAGAUGAUGGAUAUGUAUCAUGAUAUUAAUAAUAUAUUAGAGAGAAUUCAGGACAGAAUUCUAAACAAAAUUUGAUGCAAAGAAUAUUUAGAAUAUGUAAUUAGGUGAUUGUAGAGCUCUUGUAAAAACAAAUGGAGAAAAAGUAAAUUUUCCUGAAUGUAAUCCAACAGUUGCAUAAACAGCAGGAGCAAGAUCAAUAAAACAAUUAGAUUAAACAAAUAUGCAAUAAAUUUUGGUUGAUAGAGCUGUUCAUUAAAAUUAUACAGACUUUGGAUCAACAUUCAGAAAUCAUCCAGAAUAGCAUAAUAAAUUUUAUUCAAUUACUACUUACUAAUAAUCAUUUCAACUUCCUGAAAAUAAUGUCAAAGAAAUUUUAACAGAUAAAAAUGUAAAACCUAUAGCUGCUGGAUGUAGAGAAAGAGAUCCUUUUGAUUAAGGAUUGAAAAUGACUUCUGUAAUUACAGGUGAAAAAUAUAGAGAUUGUAUAAUUCAUAAUUAUAUUAUAUAGCUGUUGAUCCAAAAGAAAAUACUGAAGUAUAAAGAUAAUGGGUUCAUUGUGGGGAUUCUGGAUUAAAAACUGCUUAAAAUAAUUUGAGAUCUAGUAGUAUUUAGAAUUAUAAGAAAACUGCUUAUUAAGUUCAUCCAUAUGAUAUAGCUACAAGUUUACCUUUAGGAGGUAUAUAAUUAAAAUAUGUAGAUGGUGUUUACACUCUACAUCCUAAAUAUACAGAUCCUGGAUAAUUUAGACAUAUUAGAAGUGAUGUAACUAGAAUUAUGAACAAACCAAUCACAAGAAAAUGA